AUGUCAAACCAGUCUAAAUUGCUCCUCCAAAUCAAGCAGUAAUGUUUUUGUAAAUAUAAAAUUGAAAAAUCAGAAAACAGAAAACAGAAAAGACAUACGAUGGGCGAUUAUGGCAACAAAUUGAGCUGGGCCGUUGGCAAGAAGCUGGUGUUGUGUGUGGGCACCACGACCAUAGACUUCGUCUCGACCACGAGGACCUUUCCGGAGGAGAACAAGUACGAUAAGGCCAUCGGGGGAUACUGGAUGCGGGGGGGUAACGCCUCGAACAAUUGCACGGUGCUCUCGAAUCUGGGGGUCAAAGUGGAGUUCUUCGGAAUGCUGAGCAGCCUGGCUAUGUUCCAAGUGCUGGUGGACGACCUCAAGGCACGUGGCAUCAUUGUGGAGAACUGUCCGACCUGCGACCAGAAUGCGCCCUUCGCCUCAGUGAUACUCACCAAGUCGACCAAGACGCGAAACAUUGUCUACUGCAACAGCAACUUUCCGCACGUCGGCAUCGAUGACUUCCGGAAGCUGGACCUGAGCAAAUACGGAUGGAUCCAUAUGCGAGCCCUCAACUUUGAGAGCACGAUGGCCAUGAUCGCUGAGUUGACGGCCUACAAUGCCACCAGGGAGGAGAAGAUCGUUGUUUCGCUGGAGUUCGAUCACAAUCUGGAUGAGAUGUGGAAACUGAUGGACUACUGCGACUAUGCCAUAUUCUCCAAGCAACUGGCCCAGCCCAAUGGCUGGCUUUCUCUGGAGGAUGCCUGUCUGCAGCUCGACGAGCGGUUGCGCAUGCGCUGGGGCCUGAACCUCAAGCGACCCUACGUGGUCGUCCUGUGGGGCGAUCAGGGGGCCGGGAUCAUGGACCUCGCCGGCAACUACACCCACGCCCAGCCCUACAAGCCCAAGCGCAUCGUGGACGCCCUGGGUGCGGGCGACACCUUCGUGGGAGCCUUCAUCUACGCCCUCUACAUCCGCAACCGAUCCCUGCCCGUGGCCGUGGACUUUGGCAACCGCAUGGCCAGCUUCAAGUGCACCAAGAAUGGCUACGAUCACAUUGCCAGCAUUCUACUACCACCGGUCUUGUGAGUCCAUCAGGUGGCUGAUGUCCUCAUUUCUUAUGUCUUUUGAUCUCAAUUUAUAGUAUUUAAAUAUCCCUAAAAAUUAAUGAAGUAAAUCUUUCAACAUUUGUAAUUAAUUAUAACCAAUAAAAGUGUCUAUAAACAUUGGAAA